AUGUCCCAACUACCCCCACCAUCCUCCCGCCCCAAAGUCGGCGUAGCAGCCAUCAUCCUCUCCCCUGCCUCCCUCCCAAACACCACCCCAUCAAUCCUAACAUCAACCCGCCUCUCUUCCCACGGCGCCGGCACCCUACAACUCCCCGGUGGCCACCUCGAGCACGGGGAAUCCUUUUCUGAAACCGCAAUUCGCGAGGUGAAAGAAGAAACGGGGUUGGAAGUGGGUAAGACGAUGGAGCCCACAAAAUCCAGCCCCUGGACCUGGACACACUGGUCUACAAUGUGGGAAUGGGCAGGUGCGCAGGCAACUGCUGAAGACAGCGGGAAACCUUUACCAGAAGGACAACAGAAACUGUUUUUGCCGCUUGUGAAUUUGUGGCGGGAGAGAAAGGAACUGACAGGUGGACCGGUGAUAGCGACGGCAGGGAAAAGCUAG